CUCAUCUAUUCCUUUCAAGUACCUGAUCUGACGUACGAAGAAACUGAGACACAGAGAAGCUAAGUUAUUUGCUCAAGGUCACACAGCAAGGAACAGACACAGAGACAACUCCAGGUUCUGAUUCACCCCAGCAUCCAUACUUCUGACCAUGAGACAUCACUGCUGGGAUUCUGAAGUCAGCUGGUGCUGGGUUUGGAUUCUGGCUCUGCCCUUGCUUGCUGCCUGUGCAACUCUGAAUGACACACUGGCCUGCCUGAGUCCCAGUUUCCAGACCUGUAGAGCGGAUUAGUUUUUCCAUGCCAACUCUCGGGGGGGGUUGUGUUCACCCCUCCCUCCCUCUCUUUCUUGAUCCAGGUCCAGGAUGGGGGCCAUGCCUCUCUGGGCCUCGGGCCUCCUGGUGCUCCAGAUACUGCUCUUGGUGGAUGGGGAACAGGGCACACAGGACACCACUGCUGUUGCCACGGCUGCUGCUGAGAAGGGGCUCCGCAUGCAGAAGGUGGGGUCUGGUUCUGUGCGAGCUGCACUGGCGGAGCUGGUGGCCCUGCCCUGCUUCUUCACCCUGUGGCCACGGCCGAGUGCCGCUGGAGAAGCCCCUCGGAUCAAGUGGACCAAGGUGCACACUGCAUCAGGCCAAUGGCAGGACUUGCCCAUCCUGGUGGCCAAGAACAACGUGGUUAGAGUGGCCAAGGGUUGGCAGGGACGUGUGUCUCUGCCCGCCUAUCCCCAGCACCGGGCCAACGGCACGCUGCUUCUGGGGCCCCUGAGGGCCAGCGACUCCGGGCUCUACCGCUGCCAGGUGGUGAGAGGCAUCGAGGAUGAGCAGAACCUGGUAUCCCUGGAGGUGACCGGUGUUGUGUUCCACUACCGGGCAGCCCAGGAUCGCUAUGCACUGACCUUUGUCCAGGCCCAAGAGGCCUGUCGUCUCAGCUCAGCCACCAUUGCAGCCCCACGGCACCUGCAGGCUGCCUUUGAGGAUGGCUUUGACAACUGUGAUGCGGGGUGGCUCUCUGACCGCACUGUUCGGUAUCCUAUCACCCAGUCCCGUCCUGGUUGCUAUGGUGACCGUAGCAGCCUUCCAGGGGUGAGGAGCUAUGGGAGGCGCGACCCACAGGAACUCUAUGAUGUGUAUUGCUUUGCCCGUGAGCUGGGGGGCGAAGUCUUCUACGUGGGCCCAGCCCGCCGGCUGACCCUGGCUGGCGCUCGUGCCCAGUGCCGCCGCCAGGGCGCAGCGCUGGCCUCCGUGGGCCAGCUGCACCUGGCCUGGCACGAGGGCCUGGACCAGUGCGACCCGGGCUGGCUGGCCGACGGCAGCGUGCGCUACCCGAUCCAGACGCCGCGCCGGCGCUGCGGGGGCCCCUCCCCGGGAGUGCGCACCGUCUACCGCUUCGCCAACCGCACUGGCUUCCCGGCCCCUGGAGCGCGCUUCGACGCCUACUGCUUCCGAGCUCAUUACCCUACUCCACAACAUGGAGACCCAGAGACCCCCUCAUCUGGGGAUGAGGGGGAGAUUCUAUCGGCAGAAGGGCCUCCAGCCAGAGAACUGGAGCCCAGCUUGGGGGAAGGGGAAGUGGUCACCCCUGACUUCCAGGAGCCGCUGCUGUCGAGUGGGGAGGAAGAGCCUGUGAUCUUGGCAGAGAAGCAGGAGUCUCAAGAGACCCCCAGCCCCGCCCCUGGGGUUCCCACACUAGCCUCAAGGCCUUCCCUGGAGGCUAAGGAGGUGUGGCUGAGCACCACGGCCCCAUUCUCCAGCAGCCUGGAGGAAGGCACUUCAGCUGGCACGCACAGCAAGGCGACUCCAGCCAACCUCAAGCCCAAGAGGCGGAAUCGCUUUAAAGGGUUGAACGGGCGCCACUUCCAAGAACAGGAAUCCCAGCAAGGGCUGGAGGGAAGGCUUGAGGUCAGUGCCCAGCCUCCCGCCCCAGAGGCUGCUGGGAAUCAUGUGGAGCCUGCCCUGGCCACCGGAGCCACAGGCUCCUUUGGGAGCGACAGGAGCCAAAGCCCCUGGGCUGUGCUGUCCAAUGAAGUGGAUGUGCCUGGAGCUGGUUCCCCUGGUGGCAGGAGCCCCCCAGAGCCCUGGCUGUGGCCCCCAACAGUGGUGCCACCCAGCAUCCCAGGCCCCAGCAGGGCCUUUGGCCUCGAGUUGGAGGAAGCCAAGGGCCCCAGUGUGAGGCUUGAUACUCUCAAACUUCCCUGGUCCCCCUCAGAGGCCACGGCUCUGGCUCCCAGCCCCUCAGAAGAUCCCAGUAGUGUCCCCUGGGAGGCGUCCCCCAUGGUCACUUCUCUAGACCUCCCUGUCAUGGCCAUGCUUCGUGCUCCCAAAGUGUGGCUCCUACCACAUCCUACACCCCUCCCUACCCAGACCAAUGGGGUUAAGGGUCACAGUGAGGCCAUGCCCUCUGCCCUACCUUCCCUGGCCUCAGAGACCCAGGCUGGUCCCCAGGACCCCAUCCAUCCAGAGAUGUAUUCCUUGCCCCCCUCCUUGGGCCUGACAGGACAAGAUCAAGAGGCCAUGUUCCUGACAUUUAGUGACCACAGAGCAGGAAGUCCCACAGCCCUCUCACAAGUAGCCACGGACACACAAACCAGAGCCAGUCCUAAUGCCCCCAGGGCAGACUUUGGAGAAAUUGGGGGGACCAGCCCCACUGGACUCAACAAAGCUGAGCACCCCAGAUCCAGCCCACAGGCUUCUGUGGAUUGGAAUGUGGCAGCAGAUUUCACCCUCACAGAGAUGGCAACUGAGCCCACGGGAGGGAGAGGAAUCUCAGGGUCUGCGUAUGGGGUCCUCUACACAGCAGAGAUUCCCACUUCCAGCUCACAGGCCCCUGUGCAAGAGGCGCAGGGCACGAGCCCCUCACUGCACAUCACAGAGCUGGACCCCCACACCCCCUCUGCACCGUCGGGGAACCCCAGAGUUUCCCUGAGUUUGGAGCCUUGGGCUGCUACAGAUGAAGGAGGUACACAGGGUCCCACGGAUACAGCCACAGUGGACCCCAGUGAUGCUGGUAGGAUUUGGGAAUCUGGAUCCCUCAUGGUUGAAGGAGCUGAACGCCCCACCAUGAGCCCUCAAGUGGCUGUGGAUACGAAUGUGGUGACGUCCCUCGUGUCCCUGGACCAGGGGGACAAGGGUGGGGUCCUGGCCACGUCCACCAUGGACUCUUCCAGCUCCCAACCCCACCCAGAGCCAGAGGGCCAGGUGGUGACCCAGGGAACACUGGAAGCCUGGGCCCCUCCGCAUGAGGGCAUCCCCCUGGGCGAUCCCACGCUUCCUCCUUGGACACCUACAGUGGCCAGCAUGGACGAGCCUGCGUCAGUGUCCUCAGGGGAUCCAACGGUGCUAUGGGACUCCCCCAGCACUCUGCUGCCUGCCCCUCGGGGCCUGGACAAGUCUGCGCUGGAGGUCCUUGCAGGAAGUGCCGGUGUGGAGGAGGCAUCGAGCGGAGAGGAGCCGGCCCUGCCAGGGGCCCCUGCAGAUGGGAGCGCAGAGCAGACCCCCUCGGAUCCCUGCGAGAACAACCCUUGCCUACACGGGGGCACCUGUAGAGCCAAUGGCACCGUCUAUGGCUGCAGCUGUGACCAGGGCUUUGCUGGGGAGAACUGUGAGAUCGACAUCGACGACUGUGUCUCCAGUCCCUGUGAGAAUGGAGGUACCUGCAUCGAUGAGGUCAACGCCUUCAUCUGCCUUUGCCUCCCAAGCUAUGGGGGCAGCCUCUGUGAGAAAGACACGGAGGGCUGUGACCGCGGCUGGCACAAGUUCCAGGGCCACUGCUACCGGUACUUUGCCCAUCGGCGGGCGUGGGAGGAUGCCGAGAGGGACUGUCGCCGCCGAGCUGGCCACCUGACCAGCAUCCACUCACCUGAGGAACACAACUUCAUUAACAGCUUUGGGCGUGAAAACACGUGGAUUGGCCUGAAUGACAGGAUCGUGGAGAGGGAUUUCCAGUGGACGGACAACACAGGGCUGCAAUAUGAGAACUGGAGAGAGAACCAGCCAGACAAUUUCUUCGCGGGCGGGGAGGAUUGUGUGGUGAUGGUGGCACAUGAAAGUGGGCGCUGGAACGACGUCCCCUGCAACUACAACCUCCCCUAUGUCUGUAAGAAGGGCACAGUGCUGUGUGGUCCCCCUCCAGCAGUGGAGAACGCUUCGCCCAUCGGGGCCCGCAAGGCCAAGUAUAAUGUCCAUGCCACUGUACGCUACCGGUGCGACGAAGGAUUUACCCAGCACCACGUGUCCAUAAUCCGGUGCCAGAGUAAUGGCAAGUGGGACUGGCCCCAAAUCGUCUGCACCAAACCCAGAAGGUCCCAUCGGAUGCGGCGACACCAUCACCACCACCAACAUCACCACCAGCGCCGCCACCACAAAUCACACAAGGAACGCAGAAAACACAAGAAGCAUCCGGCAGAGGACUGGGAGAAGGAGGAGGGGAAUUUCUGCUGAAGAACCAGGCAAACGAAAGCACAACCCCCUUCUCACGCCUCCUCUGGGGCCUUCGCCUGGGAAGAUAGAGCCUAGAGAGAAACGAGAGGGCCCGGGAGCCCCUGAACCCCACGCCCCCUCCCCAACCUUUUGUAAAAAGCUCCUCUCUCCUCUUUCUUACAUACACAGGUCCUCUUGGCAGGCGUGGCCAUGCGUCUGAAAAUCCGGUUCUAGUCAGGCUGGACUCUGGGAGAAUCUCAGUGGAAGGAAGCACAAUUGGCAAAGAUCACUCUUUGCUGCACUGGUUUAGUCUUUUGUUGGCAAGGCUCAUUGGCAGUUGUGGAGAUCAGGCUUUGAUGAGGGUGCAAGAGUGUCUGUUUGGGUCUGCACUAAGGAAUUGCUUUUCCUGCCAGAUCCAGGCUUUGUAAAUUGUCGGAUGUCCUAAAUGCAGCCUGAAGCCUUUAGUGACUGCGUUGGGAAUCAAAAACUACAUGGAAGCACACCGCUUGAACUUGACAACUGCUCUUCCAUGACCUUGGACUUGAACCCAAGUUCAGUCUUUGGUCUUGGUGGGUAAACAGUCUUGAACUCCUAUGUACUGAAUGUUGGGGAUGUUUUUAGAACAGCUUCCUUCCAUACCCUCAGAGUUAGGGGUCAGAAUAGCCAGGGCAAUAUGUGGGCAAUGACGGGAAGGUAUGGCUUAUUCUCCCAGGUCUUGUCCCAGAGCUGAGGUUUGGUGGUUCUGCAUGUGUGGUCUCACACACACACACACACACACACACACACACGAGGAUAUUUAGGGCUUGACAAGCCCAGAUUUCUUCCCCCUCCAUCUCUCAGGGAGACGAAGAACCUCCUUCCUGGACCAAGGAGGUGCCAGGUUUUCUAGAUCAGUGCCCGUACCCAUCCCUCAAGCAGACAUUGCUAGUGCACUGCCCUGGGUCCCACUCCUAUCGCCACCCCAGCCCUGUCUCGUCAUUGCCUGGAAGACUAGAAAUGCUUACAGAUUGAAGUAGUGACAUCUACCUGCAGUCAUGUUGUAGAGGGAUAUAGUGUUAAAACUGAAACACACACAUUUUUCUCUCAUAGUUUUUUUUUUAUAACACUUUUAUUGAUUUCAGAGAGGAAGGGAAGAGAGAGAUAGAAACAUCAAUGAUGAGAGAGAAUCAUUAAUUGGCUGCCUUUUGCACGCCCCCUACUAGGAAUUGAGCUGCAACCGGGCAUGUGCCCUUGACCAGAAUCAAGCCCGGCACCCUUCAGUCCGUAGGCCGAUGCUCUAUCCACUGAGCCAAACCGGCUAAGCCAUAGUUGGUUUUUUUCAAGCUUUUUUAAGUGGGAAAGAACGGCUGGCCUUCCUCCCCCAAAUCUGCAACCUAUGAAAGGACUUUCCAAGCUGAAGGCCGAGACCAGCUUCCUGAUCUCUAGGAGGAAAGAUCCACAGCUUUUCCUCCAUGUUUUGUCUACUCUAAGCCCCUUCGGUCUGGUAAAAAUCUGUGGAUUCGUAUUAAAAACCACAGUGGAGACUGACUCUCCAGGAAAGAAAAAUAAGCAAAUAUAUGGUCCAUCGAAGGGUUCGGUAGAGAAAAGAAUGUGUUGACUGAGCCUAUAUCCCUCCUGGGAAGUAAUAAUUAUAGUUGACAACUUUGGAGUCGGUACCAUGCUAAUAACUGACUAUUUCCUAGAAUCUUCUCAACAGCCCAUUGACGUAGGAACCAUCAGGCUCAGAUAAGAGAAAGGCACUGGCUUCAAGUCACAGUCAAGACAGAAGUAAGGAUUUGGCUCUGCCUCUGUCUGACUCCAAACACUGCUCUCUGCAUUGAGGAAAGAAUUGAGACAUAAUUGUGCUCCCUCUCACACACACAGGCAGAUUUAGAAAAAGAUUGAGCCCUCAUCCUUGACCAUGGUCUUCAGUCUUUCCUGCUAUACACAUUAUCCACUGCCCCACCAUAUGGUUAUCACUGAGAAAGCCCAGGGAUAUAGGUUUGCCUUCUUGCUUUGAUAAUUCUUGGUUUAAAAAAAAAUAGAAUAAUAAUUAACACAUCUUCAGUCACCCAUGUCACAAAAGAAUUUUCCUUUGUUGGGGGCCUGGAGAUGCAACCCUUUGGGGAGUGUCUUCGUUUAUGCUCCCUGCCUUGGCCCCCUCAGCCCCUUGCCCUGCCCCCACCCCAGCUCCAUGGUGGGGGGGGACUAUGGUAUUUUCUAAAGUGGGUGGUUUGUCUUUUGGUCUUUCUCUUUGGGGUUUGUGCGGGCCACAUGUGUGGCAUGUGUGUGUGCGUGUGAACAGCUUUGGGUUCCACUGGUUUUGCUGUGAGCUGCAGUGUUCUGUGGGUCUGUGGUAUCUGACACUGUGGACAUUAAUGUACUUCUUGGACAUUUUAAUAAAAAUUUUUAACAGUUCAA